GAAAAAUUAAUAAAAAAAUAAUUAUCGUGAUCGAACUUUGAGUUUACAAAAUGUAAAUUUAAGUCCUUAUUUUAGUUCAAGCUCCAAAAUCUGAAUCCAGAUUCAAACCGCCGGCCAUCUUCUCCGGCGACCAUCGGAGAUUCGAAAGUAAGAAAUCAUGGUACUGGAAAAUGAAGAGCUCCGAAUCACUGUUCUUCCUCUGUUCGCCUCCGGCCACAUCAUUCCGAUCGUGGACAUGGCGCGGCUCUUCGCCCGCCACGGUGCCGCCGUCACCAUCAUCACCACCGAAUCCAACGCCCGCUCCUUCCAAAACGACGUCGCCCGUGACUUCGCCGCCGGCUACAAAAUCCAGACCCGCACCGUCCCGUUCCCCGCCGCCGAAGUAGGCCUUCCUCCGGGCAUCGAGAACUUCAGCGACGUCGUUUCGCGCGACCUCCAAGGCAAAAUCUACCGAGCCUUUCUAAUCCUCGAAAAACAGAUCGAUCAGGUAAUCAUUCCAGAAACACGGCCGGAUUGCAUUUUGAGCGAUCUCUCCUACGGAUGGACCACCGACACGGCGGCGCGGCUCGGCGUUCCCCGGUUGGUGUUCUUCGUCUCCAAUUUCAUGGCCUACUCUGCCGAGCACUCUGUUCUCCAGCACGCCCCUCACCAAAAAGUAACAUCCGAUUUUGAAACAUUUGAGCUCCCGGGGCUACCCCACAAGAUCCAAAUGACAAAAUCGCAGCAGCCGGAAUUUCUAGUCCAGCGAAGCCAAUUCACGGAGAUGAUAGAGAAAUACAAAGAAGCAGAGAGGAGGAGCUACGGAAUCGUAACGAACACAUUCUACGAACUUGAUGGGGUUUAUUUAGAGCAUUACAAGAGAACAAUUGGGAUAAAGGCGUGGGGAUUAGGGCCGGUUUCAUUGGCCGUGAAUAAGGAUUUGAUCGGAAAAAUCGACAGGGGAAACAAAUCGGGGAUGGAGAGUGGGGAGUUAUUGGAUUGGUUGAACUCGAAGGAGCCGAAUUCGGUUCUGUAUGUGAGUUUCGGGAGCAUGACGCGGUUUCCGGCGGCGCAGAUUGCGGAAAUCGCCCACGGGCUGGAGUCCGCCGGCCGGAAUUUCAUAUGGGUGAUUCGGAAGAAGAACGAAAACGAAGGGGGAGAGGCGGAGGAGGGGCUGCCGGAGGGGUUUGAAGAGAGGGUGGUUAGAGAGAAGAAGAAGGGGUUGAUUGUUCGGAUUUGGGCGCCGCAGCUUUUGAUUUUGGAGCACCCGUCGACGGGGGGUUUUCUGACGCACUGUGGGUGGAAUUCGUCGAUCGAGGGGGUCAGCACCGGGCAGCCGAUGGUGACGUGGCCGGUGAGUUCAGAGCAGUUUUAUAACGAGAAGCUGUUGACGGAGGUGCUGAGGGUGGGGGUUCCGGUGGGGGCGAGGCGGUGGUGGAAUAUGAGCGAUGAGAUGGAGGAAGAGGAUAUUGUGGGGAGGGAGGAGGUGGCGGCGGCGGUGGGGUUUUUGAUGGGGGAGGCGGAGGAGGCGGCGGCGAUACGGAGGCGGGCUAAGGAGCUCGGAGCGGCGGCGAAAAGGGCCGUAAGUGAAGGGGGCUCGUCCGAGAAGAAUGUCGUGUCGGUGAUUGAAGAGCUGAGGUCCUUAAAAAGGUAAUGCGCGGCAGUAGAAGAGAGACCGAAGCAAUGUAAUUUUUAUUUUUUAUUUUUUUUUUGCUUGGGGGAUUUAAUUUUUUAUCCUAUUUGAUUCAACUCUGUUGUUACUUUUUUUUUCAACUAUGGGACGAGUUCGAACUCAUGAUCUUUUGGUCAAAGAUAAGUGCUUUAACCACUUGAGUUAUGCUCGGUUUGGCAAAUCUGUUCUUACUUACUUAAAAACUUGGGUGGUAUGUUUAGAAUUGGAAUAAUAUGGUAGAUGAUUUUCAAUAUA